CUCCCUGACAUCGAACCGCUUGACUUCGAGGAACCAGUCCCAGGAGUCGAGCCGGACAGCUCACUCACACGGUACCUCAGCACAGUGGAGGAAAGGCUUUGGGAAGCAAUCGAUUCUGGAUACGUACUUGACACCGAGCUCAAGAAUCACUCUCUUCGUGAUCCAUCGAGCUUUGAGAUGUUCGCUCGAAUCGUUGAAGGUAACGCAGACUCCAUCAACAAGGGUUACUACGGUUCAUUCUACAACCGGAUGCUGGAGUACCUGGGUCACGACGGCGGCUGCUGCUUUUACCACCUGACAAAACCGUCCGUGUUGGGCACACCAGCAUCUGCCUCCAAAUCUCCUCUGUACUACAAGAUUCUUAAGCGAGUUGCUCUGGCACUGGACGAGUUCAAGAGCCGCCUGGGACCUUACUCACAGAAAGAGCUGAUGCUGCCUGGCGUGACAGUGGAGAGCCUGACCGUUGACAAGCUGGUCACGUACUUCGAGGACUACGACUUCGAGCUGAACAACGCUGUUCCGGUGGCGAGCCUGGAAGAGGCCGGCAGACUUAAUGUCGUGGCCCGCACCCAACGUCUGACGCACGUUCCCUUCAACUACAACAUUAAAGUUACCAGUGACAGGGAGGUGGACGUCUUCGUUCGCUUCUUCAUUGGCCCGGUCUACGACGCCUAUGGCAAGGAGCUGCCUCUCGACGAGAAGAGGCACAACAUGGUCUAUGUCGACUCAUUCAGCGUAAAAUCUGACAAGGACUUCCUGAUCAGGCAGAAAAAACUUCUGCAGCUCUUAUGGCACGUUGGACAACCUGCACUGCUCCCUGAAAUGAACGAGAUAUCCAGUUCCUUUGAACCUGAAGAAUACGUUGCACACUGAAAGGACCCAGAAACUGUCAGCAAAUUCGUUAAGUACUACACACACGGCUACGUAAAGAAGCGCGGCGAAGAACUGCCGGUGCACUACAAGUACGACGAGCUCCAGGUCAAGGCACUCGUCAACUUCACACACUGCGCCAAGGACUUCGAUACCUUCUAUAAGGCAGCUGUGUGGGCCAGGGAACACGUGAACGAGGAUCUGUUCUGGUAUGCAAUCAACGUUGUCAAGCUACACCGCGAUGAUCUUUUCCAACUCGCAAUGCCGCCCUAUUACGAGCUCUACCCCCAGCACUUCGUUAGUGACGACGUCAUCAGUGAGGCUUGGAAAGCUACCCUACGAGGGAAGACUUUCAACAAGAGGGAGCCGUACGUGAUCCAUGCCAACUACAGCGGCCCCCCUUACGCCGAAGAAGCUGACGAGCUGCUGUCCUACUACACUGAGGACGUGGGCCUGCUCGCUUUCCGAGACUUCCUGCGCUUCCGCUUUCCCUUCUGGGCCAAGAUGGAGGACUACGGCCAGGCCAACGAGACCCACAGGGGAGACCGCUUCUACUACGACAUCAAGGCCACCCUCAGCCGCUACAGCCUGGAGAGGCUCUCGAACAACCUCCCUGACAUUGAACCUCUCAAUUACGAGAAACCAGUUCCAGGAGUCAAACCGGAGGGCUCACUGGUACAGUCUGUCAUGACACUGGAGAAAAGGCUUUGGGAAGCAAUCGAUUCUGGAUACGUACUUGAUACCGAACUCAGGAAUCACUCUCUUCGUGACCCAUCGAGCAUUGAGAUCUUUGGACGAAUCGUUGAAGGUAAUGCAGACUCUCUCAACAAGGACUACUACGGUUCAUUCUACCAUACUUUGUUGGAGUACGUGACACACGACGGUGAAUGCUGCUUUUAUCACCCGGUACGACCCGCGGAACCCUCCAUCGUGGGCACAACAACAUCUGCCUUCAAGUCUCCUCUGUACUACAAGAUUGCUAAGCGAGUCGCUCUGGUACUGGACGAGUUCAAGAAUCGCCUUGGACCAUACCCACAGGAAGAGCUGUUGCUGCCUGGCGUAACGGUGGAGAGCCUGACCGUUGACAAGCUGGUCACGUACUUCGAGGACUACGACUUCGAGCUGAACAACGCUGUUCCGGUGGCGAGCCAGGAGGAGGCCGUCAAACUAAACGUGGUGGCCCGCCAGCAGCGUCUGACGCACAUGCCCUUCAAUUACCACGUCAAGGUCACCAGCGACAGGGAGAUGGACGUCUUCGUCCGCUUCUUCAUUGGCCCUGUCUACGAUGUCUAUGGCAAGAAGCUGUCUAUGGAUGAGAGGCGGCACAAAAUGGUCUACAUCGACUCAUUCGGCAUGAAAUUGAAAAGGGGAGUGAAUGAGCUGCUGAGGAAAUCAAAGGACAUCAGCUCCUACACCCAGCUGCCAAUGAGCUUCACUCAGCUGUUCGGAGCCACGGAGGUCGCCAUGGCUAGUGGGACACAGCCGUUUUUCAACUACAUCAUGCGCGUAUUUGGAGACAUCGAUCGCCUGAUGCUGCCACGCGGAACCCGUGAGGGUCUGCCACUCUGCACCUAUGUAAUCAUCAGCCCGUGCUCAACCAGUACCAACGGAAGAAUCGACCCGUACACCAAAGACAUGUGUCCCAAGACCUCCCUAUUCCCAUUCGACAGGCCCAUCAACGAGCUGGAGUUUGACGUGCCUAACGCGCUUUUUGGAGAAACUGUCAUCUUCCACAGGAACGCCGAAGAGGUCGUUGUGGUCUGAAGCUGCACAAUAUU